AUGUCCUACGCCCUGGAGUCAAAGAAGCGAAAAUUCCAUCGUGUCCUCGAAUCGCUAUCGAAACCUUCUACGCCUGAUAAUGCGCCCAAACCAGCCCCUGUGGCGCCUGCGACAGCGCGAGACCGUCUCUCCGCUCACCUAUCGAUCAAGAAAGUCCGCUUGAGUAGUACCGAUCGCUCGGACCUCACAGCAGUGCGCAACUCAAUCCAGAAGAUCACCAGGCCAGCCCACCGAAUAGCCUCCGCAAGCUCGAACAAGCGCCCUACGUUUGUCCCUUGGGAUCGCGAACGGUUCCUUGAGCGACUGGAGACCUUCCGCCGCGUCGACCGAUGGACAUCAAAGCCGUCCCCGAUCAAUGAAGUGAAAUGGGCGAAGCAGGGUUGGAUAUGUACAGAUGUCAUGCGUGUCACCUGUGUGAGCGAUUGUGGCGGCGCGGUUGUUGUGAAACUCCCUGACGAGAUAGACGAACUCGAUGGUUUCGACAUUGAGAAGGUGGAGGAGCGCAAGGAAGUCCGCGCGAGACUGGUGGACGAGUAUGCCAAAAUGCUAAGUAGUGGUCAUGGCGAAACCUGCCCGUGGCGGAACAAAAGUUGCGAUGCUACUAUCCAGCAUCUCCCUUUGACCAACUAUGAUACUGCCCUAGCAGGACUGCAUCAGCGCUACACGAAUAUUGCGAGGAUGGGCGAUAAAUUGCCGGCCGACGAUAUCGUUCAAACACCAGAGGGACUUGACCUCGACGCUCUCAUCAAAGGACUCCCUAAGGAAUGGUCCAAAGAAAUUGAGGAGCCUGUUGUCUCUGCCAAUGGAGAGACUCAGGCUGGGAGCGGUGACAACCAGGAGUCAGCAGAAAUACCCCAACCCAUGAACCGGGUGGCCCUCGCAUUAGCGUUGCUCGGUUGGAAUACUGCUUCCGAUGGAGCUGCCGGGCUAGUAGAAUGCGGUGCCUGUUUCCGUCGCCUAGGGUUAUGGAUGUAUAAACCCAAAGACAAUGGAGACGUGACCGUCUACACUUCCCUGGAUGUUGCCAAUGAGCACAUGGAAUAUUGUCCCUGGAUCGAGAAAAUAGCCCAGAGCGGCACUGGUCGACCCAACGAGAAGGUGGCGGAACUCCGCGCUGGAUGGCAGAUCGUCGCCGAGGCCGUAAAGGUCAAACACCGUCGCAGAGUUCGCAGUAUGGCUUCCACAGACACGUUGAGGACGGAACCGGGAACACCAGUUGAGACCGCAGAUGAGGAAGAAAAUGCGGAUGCGAAGAAGAAAGCAGACCGUGAGUGGUGGGCUAAAAUCCGACGGGUGAGACAAGUUUUGACAGCCAAGUCGCCCAAGCGGAAGGCGGUUUUACCUGACUUGCCUCAUUGA